CGCAAAGCCUUACUUCACACAGCAACAACGCGCAGGUGGUAAUUACUUGCGUUUUUCAAGUCGAACUGAGGGGAAACAGAAGCCAACGUUCACAAUGGCGUUCUCCAAAUCCACCCCCAUGCCUACGAGCCUCAAACCCAAAAACAAGCUCCGGCGGCAGCAGACAUAUCUUGCGAUUAAGAAAGAGAAAGAAGCAGCCAAGCGGGAUAUGCGCCAUAAGAGAAAGCGAGAGGAGGCUAAGGAUUCAAGCUUGCGCGAAGAGCGACUAGCAAACAAUCAACCGAAGACCAUCGAUGUCAAACGUACAUGGGAUGAAGGCGUCGCAGACGAAGAGGACAUGCUUGGAAUGGCUGUGGAUGUUGAGCAGCUGGCGAAAAGGAGAAGGUUAGAACAAGAAGCGCCGGAGGAUGCUGAUGAGGAUGGCGUGCUCGCGCAAUUGAAGAAGAGGGAAAUGGAAGACGACGAGGACGAAGAAGACGAAGACGAGCAGGAUGACGACGCCGACAGCAUGUUGGAUUCAGAUUCAGAUGCUGAGGAAGACGAUGAUUCGGAUUCAGACGCGCCUCCGAAGCGAAAGGCUCCGGCGCCAAAGAGAGCUGCAAGCCCUACAACCUCAACCGCUACCAACCUCGAGCUCUCCCCUGAAUUCCUCAAGCAAAAGUUCCCUGCACUAUUCGCGCCGCCAGUUGAACCGAAGAUACUCAUCACGACCUCUAUAAACUCUACAUUGCAUAAGCAUGCCGAAAUCUUGAUCGAUCUCUUCCCUAAUUCCAACUACAUCAGACGCAGUGCUCAUUUCGGCGCACCCAAAUACUCUGUUCGCGAGAUCGCACAAUUCGCCAAGAAUCGUGGUUAUACACACCUCAUUAUCAUGAUGCAAGCCCUACACGAGAAGAAACCGGACGGAUUGGAUGUUGUGCAUCUCACUGGUGACACACUUGGUCCCCACUUCCAUUUCUCAAUUUCAAACUGGAUAGAAGGCAAGAAGCUCCCCGGCCAUGGUAACUCAACCGGUCAUAUUCCGGAACUCAUCUUGAACAAUUUCAAAACACCUCUCGGUCACCUUUGCGCCCAGCUUUUCAAGUCGUUAUAUCCCCCGCAGCCCCAAUUCCAAGGACGAACCGUAGUCACAAUGCACAAUCAGCGCGAUUACAUCUUCUGGAGACGUCACCGAUAUGUCUUCCGUGAGAAGAAGGGCCGCGAAAAGCCCGUCCUUGGUUCCGACAACAAGGAAAUCCUCGAGAAUCUCAAAACGGGUCUGCAGGAGCUCGGCCCUCGCUUCACUUUGAAGCUUCGACGUGUCGACAGAGGCGUCCAGUACAAGAGCGGACAGGAAUGGCAAUGGAAAGGAAAGAUGGAGAAGCAAAGGACAAGGUUCAAUAUGUAAAAGAACUGCUGCGAGAUUUACGUGGUGUGUUUUGGGAGAACGAGCAUCUAGCAUUUUGGAGCAUUGUCAAGCCUUCUGGGGCGCAUGUUACGGCAGAAAAGAUUACCCAAUCAAUAUACGUUUAUUCAUAUC